UUUUUUUUUUUUUUUUUUACUUCACGGCAACAUAUCCUCCAGUUCUCUAUCCAUUCUCCGUCGCCAUAGCCAUCACCGUCACUAGCACCGGCGAAGCAUUUACUUGAAGAGCAGAGCCGAACGUUGGCCGCAGCUAUUGGCGCUACGGGCUCAUCCAAUCCAAUUUACGACCCUUAUUUACUAGGUAGUAGAACUGAAAUCGGAUGGAAUCAUAUCUAAAUGAAAAAUCAAAAGGCGUCAAUUGCUCAAAUCUUUCAUCUAAAAAACUGUGAGAAGAUUCAUUUAGUUUCAUAUUUUUUUGCUCAGAUUUUCAUUUCAAAUGCAGUAAAAAGUUUCGGCCCCCCUUGACAAAUUACCACAAAAUGCCGCCUUGUACCUUUCUUGGUUAAUUAUCAAAAAGCCAUCUUCUCACUUGUUGACACGUCCAAAUUUUCUAUUUUACCACGCGUACAACCUUGACCUAUCCAGAUUCCAGCCUCAUCUUUUGUCUCAAGCCCUCUUUUAAACAAAUCUUAUUCACCACUUGUUUGUCUGAGAAGCUUAUCAGGAUCUCACUUCACCUAUUCGUUCUAAACUUUUUUCAUUUUCUAGUAUCAUUUUUGAGUUUUAAUAUUGGGUCUAACUGAAAAUGUCUUACUUAUGCAGUGAGCUCAUGUAAUGGCCAUGGUGUUCCAAACUUCAAGAGUUACGAUUGGGAUAUAUAUAGGUAUUCUGUGGGUUUUAUCAUUAACUGACAGAGACAAGAAGAAAACUAAGGAGGACAUGCUUUUGUGAAACUGGCAGUGCCGGAUAUUUUUUGCUUAACUCUUGGACACCCAAAAAGCAUUAGAAUAUUCCUUCCGUUGAAAUGAGCAGUUUGUGCUGAGAAAUUAAGAGCCAUGCGCCUCAUUGUGCCACUCCAAGGUGUGGUGCAAGGUAGAGGCGGCCUUAUUUGGGGCUCUCUUAUCCCCUGCGCCCUCUUCUACUUCCUCCAGUUCUACCUCAAACGAAACCGUCCUCCAAGUACCUCCUCGAAUCCUCCGUCGCCAUCUCAGUCUUCCUCCAAUCUUCUCGAACUCCAAAGGUCGUCUUCCAGGUCAAACUUGUCCAGUCGUGGAUCCAUAGGCCGAGUCACACUAUCCACCCGGGGAAGUUUGAUUGCAAAACCAAAUGACUCCCCUUACUAUAUUGGGCUGGAUAAGGUUAGGGAGGAUCCUUAUGACAGAUUGGGUAACCCAAAUGGGGUAAUUGAGCUCGGUUUGGCCGAGAACAAGUUGAGUUUUGAUCUUAUUGAGAAAUGGGUUUCUGGGAAUUGGACUAAUUCGAUAAUUGGAACCAAUGGUGGCGAUUUGAAUAUUAGCAGCAUUGCAGCAUACCAACCGUUCGAUGGAUUGACUGAACUGAAAGUGGCUAUUGCUGAUUUCAUGACUCGGGUCGUGGAAAGAACUAUCACAUUUGACCCGUCUCAAAUGGUGUUAACUGCUGGAGCAACCCCUGCUACUGAAAUUUUAAGCUUUUGCUUAGCAGACAAUGGAAACGCAUUUCUUGUUCCCACACCUUAUUAUCCCGGCUUCGAUAGAGACAUUAGAUGGCGAGCUGGGGUGGAGCUAAUUCCUGUUCAUUGCCGUAGCGCUGAUAACUUUGCUUUGAACAUUACUGUGCUUGAUCAAGCAUUUAAUCAGGCAAGAAAGCGAGGAGUAAAAGUUCGUGGAAUUCUAAUUUCAAAUCCUGUUAAUCCUGUUGGCAAUGUACUGUCUCGGGAAACACUUUGUGGUAUUUUAGACUUUGCCCAGGAGAAGAACAUCCAUGUUAUAUCUGAUGAAAUAUUUGCUGGGUCCAUGUAUGGAAAUGAGGAGUUUGUGAGCAUGGCAGAAAUUAUUGAGACAGAGAAUUUUGAAAAGAGCAGGGUUCACAUAAUAUACGGACUGUCGAAAGACCUAUCUAUUCCGGGCUUUAGAGUUGGUGUUAUUUAUUCUUACAACGAGAAUGUUUUGGCCGCUGCAAAAAAGUUAACAAGAUUUUCUUCAAUCUCUGCUCCGGCCCAGCGUCUUCUAGUAUCGAUGCUUUUAGAUACGAGAUUCCUUGAGGAUUACAUGAAGAUAAACAAAGAAAGGAUACGUAAUAUGCAUAACUUAUUUGUAGCAGGUUUGGGGCAAUUAGGUAUCAAGUGCGCAAAGAGUAGUGCUGGUUUCUACUGUUGGGCAAAUAUGAGUGGGUUUAUUCCAUCAUACAGUGAGAAAGGGGAACUUGAGUUAUGGGAAAAGCUGUUGAAUGUUUCUAAGAUCAAUGUAACUCCUGGUUCAGCUUGCCACUGCAUAGAGCCGGGCUGGUUUCGUUGUUGUUUUACUACUAUAGCUGAAGAUGAUAUCCCUGUAGUUAUGGACCGGAUCCGCAGAAUUACCGAAACUAGUAUAUCUCACAGUUAAAUUAUUUGUUCAUUUAUUGUUUUAUUUUUUCUUUCUUCUUCUCAAUCACCUUGUUUUACAAUUUUGAACUCUUUUGGGCUUUCAGCCUUAGAAGUAAGGGAUUUAGAUAUAAAGUUUUCUGGUGAAGUUUCAUAUAA